AUUAUCGAUAAGUUCUAGAAGUGUUGUGAAAUAUUUAAUUUGCGCGCUGAAUCAAUUAGCGUAGCCACAUUAUUGCAGUUACAUAGCAUGCUGCUGGACUGAUCGCGUCUUUGAAAUAGCGCCGCGGAAGUGUGGUUAUAGAAAGAUAGCAAAAUGGAUUUAGACGAUCUCUCAGGAGUGAUGGAGCUUUGCAGAUUAAAUAUGCACAAGUUACAAGCUAAUUUGACUCAAUACCAACGUGAUAUGGAUGCUGUUUUUGGUGCUUUGAAAAGCAAUUGGGUCAACGAAAGACCUCUAGAUCGACGUCUAAUGGUCGUGCAUGAUCGUCUUUUGCAAAGCGUUAAUGAAAUUAAUGAACAUGCAAUUAGUUUUAAUUUGCGCAUGAGUUUGAACAAGCCGAUCGGUAUUCUUAAGAAUUAUAACAAUGACGGCUCCGUUCAAGAGCAGCAGGAAUUGGAGAGACACACAAAUGAAGAUGGUAUAUUGGUGGGCGAUAACGAUCCCCCUAUAGACCGCACAUCACUGCUGAUGAUUACUCCGUCGUCUUGCGAUAGAGCUACCGCCCUGGGGAAAACGAUCAAGAGAAAUUAUCAAAAAAGACAAUGUAUGUUAACCCCAUUACAAGUUCAACCAUCACAAGAAUCCAUACCAAGAGAACUAUUAGCUCCACCGUUAGCGGUUGAAUCCGCCUAUAUGAAUCAGGCUAUAUCUCAGACACUAUAUAAGGACCAAGAACCGAAUGAAGUAACUCUCACUCUAAAGUCAUCAAUUUCAAAGAAUGAUCCUAUACAUGAGCAAUGUGAACCAAUAGAGAACGCUUUGCCAGUAUUGUCACCAUCCACGUCCGAAGUAAGACUAAUCUUAAAAGGUGAUGUAUCACUUGAGAAAUGUGAACGAAGCGUAACAAAAUCACCUGUAUCGACCUUGCUAAACUCCGAAAAUGCAUUUAUCCAAAAUUUAGAAACAACAUCUGAAAAGCUUAAAGUAGGAGAACCGACAUUAUCCACGCUCCCUAAAUCGGAAGACCCUUUAAUCCAAAAUGCAUUAAACCAAACAUUACAAACAUCAUCUAAAAAGCCUGAAGUAGGAGAACCGACAUUAUCUGCGCUUUCUAAAUUGGAAGACCCUUUAACCAAUUCUUUAAACCAAACAGUAGAAACAUCAUUUAAAGAGUCUGAAGUAGACGAACCACCAUUACCAUCACCAAAACAAACCUGCCCCAAAUCAUCUUCAUUCGCACCUACUAAAACGGAUUCCAAUGAACCAUCAAAUGUCGAAGAUGCAGUUAAGAUCGAACUGCCCAUCCCAAGUCGCAGCCGUCUCCUAUUGCCUCCCAGCGGCGGCGAGCAACUAACUCACAAUGAAAUCUAUUCCAAAUUGACCAAAAAUCUAAAGUCAUUUAAUGUGGAGACAGUUAUGAAUGUUGUAAUCAUGCGCAUCAACGUUUCCGAAAAAUGCCUUUAUGUGGCUGAAUGGGGAAAGGAAACAUUGCCGGUGCAAUCCUUGAUGCGUGCGGACCUGCCACUGCAGGAACUUUUAAGGUUUCCAGAUUUUGGUGAGAUGUUCGCUAUGUACGACUCUCAGGAGAAUAUUAUUCCACGUGCCGUGAUUACUGCCUAUAUCGGUAAUUGCUACGAUGGAUACUUAGUUGAUUAUGGGGAGCAUAUUCGAUUCGAUGGAAAGGAAAUUAUAUUUGCAUUGCCCGAAUCGACUCAAAUGGUGCCACCGCAGGCAGUUAGAUGUUAUGUUAAGAACAAAGAUGUCGGGGAUUUGAGACCAUACGUAUAUAAGGAGGUGCAGAUACGAGUACUGGCUAACAAUGGUCUGGAUGUGGUGGCAGAAUUUUUAGGGGGCACUGAAGAAAUCCAAAAUAAUGAAACAAAGGAAACCAAAAAUCUGGAUUCCAAGAAUACGGAAGUUGCUGAGACAAUUCCGAAAGAAAUUGUCGAUAUCAAAGAGGAUCAAGAAAUAGAGCAGCAGCCUAGCAUGAAACUAACAGACGAACAGUGGGCCAUACUUAAUGAUAUUCCAGAAGGUACAAGUGAUGCUGUAAAAGCUGUAAUGGGUUUUAACCCUAAAGAUGAUGAACGGCUUUGUCGACACUACGAUCCUAAGAUCCAAGGCUGCUUUAAAGGUUCUAAAUGCCGACUAGUGCAUGAACCUGUUGCUCCAUACGGUGCCACCAAAGAUGUAGAGCUGAUACCACCCUUGCCCGCAGAGGCUGAUUUACCCAUUGACGAUUCCAAGCCAGUGCGCAUGCUAGUAACAUACGUAAAUUCAGCAACACAUUUCUAUGCUCAGCUUGUUGACGGAUCGCCGCCGUUAGUCUGGAGCAAGAAGGAGGUACGCGAGGUGAACGCUCAGUUUAAGCGCAGUCCUGGACUUUUGGAUUUGGUGUUAGCACUCUAUCAGGACGGCAACUACUAUCGGGCACAGAUAGUUGAGGUGCUGGAUGCCACUAGCGAGUUCAAGAUAUUUUACGUGGACUAUGGUAACACGGAGUUUGUACUGCUCAGAUCAUUAAAGCCAUGUGAUGAUGUUGUUGCCCUUAAGCCACCCCGUGCCAGGUCCUGCAUCAUUGGCGGUAUUACGCGGAACCUAUUGCUAGCACCAAAAAAGGCAAGUGAGUGCCUGCAGUUCUUGAAAAUGCGCAUACUUAAUGAGGAAGUCAAUGUUAAGAUUUUGGGCCAUAUAACAGAUGGAUAUGUCAUUCAGUUUAUGGGUAACUCCAGCCGGCUCGUAUCACAAAUGAUAGAACGCAGAUAUGUGAUCCCUCACAGUGGUGUCGACAUGGAAAACCAAAGCAGCAACAGCAGCAAUGAGUCAUUUAAUGAGGUGGUGCAGUAGUCAGUGCUGAUGGCAUGACCUGCAAUGAUAGACUGUAGUCAGUUCAUAAAUUUCAGUUUUACUUGCUUUUUUUGUCAAGAGAAGGGAAAGAAAAAAAUGCGUUCGGAAGAGUACUCAAGGACGAGGGAGAGAGGAGAAGCUCGCCGAAUGAAGCUAUUUCGGGCUGGCAUAUUUGCAGUAAUCAUUCUAAUGCUGCUGUUGAUCGGCAUCUUUGUUUUUUUUCA